UCGGCCGCAGCGUACGCAGACGCACAGCGGGAAGCUACGUCUACGCUAUGUGGGUGGUUGGGUCGCUGGGUUACAGAGGGGGAUAUAAUAGAAGCAGUCGCUACAUAAGAAUUGGCCGUAAGCUUCGCGGUACCUGGCACACUCUUCCGUGAAGAGUCCUGACGCACCGUGUCUACGCCGGUGUGUAAAAGCACGGGGGAAGCUCUGAGCUUGCGUAUCGACGGCUGUUCAGGCUCCUCGCAACUACCCAUCUCUUCAGUCGCCGCGAAUGAAGAAGCUUCGAGCAGAAGUCGCGGAGGUUUGGGCUCGUGGCUGUCAGACACGAGGAGCCAGGAUCGCGGAGACACCGCCCAGGAGGAAGACCAGGUAAAAGUGGAACCAGGGUGGCUGGGAAUUGCGGCUGAUCAGGAUUGCAGUGCCGGAAGCUGGAAGCAUGUGAAUAUCAGGGGAACGAAGGCAGUAGUAAGUGAAAAGUUUUAGGAGUAUAAAGAAAAUCUAAGGAACCGGAAACAACCAGUUAAAAAAGUCAUAAAUAACAAAUAGGAGGUUCUCAAUCUUCAAAGUCACUAAAUUGAUCUUCCUUAGUUAUUGGCAUCGUGGGUCCUUGGUGAUCGAAAAGUCCAAGUAGCCGAAUAGACAGUGAAAAUAAAUGGAACCAAUAUAAAGAUCGUUAAGAAGAAACUUUGGAAAAUUAAUAAGCGAACGAUCGUACUUCUCUGGACGAGAGCCAGAUAGUGUCAAGUGAGUAAAAGAUUUGGCAAGGGGAAGAGGAGAGAGAGAGAGAGAGAGAGAGAGAGAGAGAGAGAGAGAGUAAGAUAUAAAAAUAAAAAUCUACUACAAGACAGCGAUAGUCCACGAGAGAUGGACCAAAGUGAAAAAUAAAAAAUGAAAAGGAUCGAGCUGAGAUUUUUUCUUUAAUACUGCAAGCGCGUAGGCAUCUUAACGUAAAUGUUUAAAAAGGAAUAGGUAAGACAUAUCAGCCGCGCUUAAAUAUUCAAAAAAAAUAGAGCCUAACGAGAUCGUGAAUACGUCCGAAUAAUCAUAAUAUUUAAAGAAAUUAAGUAAUUCUAGUCCAGACCUUGACAAUAUAAGAGUGGCGUGUGUUCGCGUUAAAAAAAAAAAUACUCUAUAUUAAUAUAACAUAUAUAAACUACAUUAAGUGAAAACGUGACUGUGAAAAUCAUCGACUUGUUUACCUGCCAUUUCCAAUUGACAACCACGCCCUACUUGUCUACUGCUCUAGAAAACUGUUUACUCGUCCACCCUACUCGCACCGAAGCGAUUCACAGCUACGGGAAAGAUGGCGAGUCGUACGAAAGCCCUUUACAAUCAGGUGAUCUUCGAGAGGCGAGUUCUACUUGGGUGUACGGCCCUGGUUGGUCUUUCUGCUUGCGUUUGGGCUAUAGCUAUCGGUACGGACCACUGGUUCACCGUCCAGGUCCCAGACGAGGAGGGUCUGCCCCUUACGGACGCUGGUAAAGAGGGCAGGCGGCUGCUUUAUAGGCAUACAGGAUUAUGGAGAGGCUGUACUAUCGGUAUAAUGCCUGUCGACACAAACAAGUCCGAAAUGAUUCCCUAUAAGGAAUGCAAAUAUUUGGAAAUGUUUCCAACGAAAAAAAUCCUCGAGGGAAAUCCUGGAUUAAACCCGACUGUGAUCAAUUACUCGAGGACCCAAGUCUCCUUCGCGGUGAUGAGUAUGAUCAUCAUGCUGAUGGGAUUCACAUUCUCGAUAUACACGUUUCGUAAUCCGCGAUAUAUGUUCAAGCGGUUAGCUGGCGGAAUUCACUUUAUUACCGAAAUUUUACUAUUUUCAGCCGGGUGCACCAUGGUGGUCAUCCAGGUUCUACUCUCAUCGGUCGAGUACGAAAGCAAAUACGUCUUGCAGACAUUUCCCAAGGGUGCCAUCUUCAGAUACGAUUACUCCCUUAUCUUGGCGUGGUUCGUGUUCCUCGGUAAUCUUGUUUCCGGAUGCGCCUUUAUGUUAUUCUCGAAAAAACGAAAGCGAGAUAAGGCACCGACCGAGGAAAUUGCCAUGGCGGAUGAGCCCACCAUAAUUGGUCGUUAAACAAUUAUUGAAAUAUAAAAAAAAAGGGGGAGGUAACAAAAAAGAAUAACCCCCCGAGAAAUUAUGGGUACGCGUCUUUACGAUUUUUUAAUUUAUUUUAACCGAUAUCAAAGGGAUUACAGGAAUGAAUCGUCGUGCUUAACUUUCUUCAUUUUUCAAAAUGUGCUUUCGAAUUACCCAUAGCUUUUAUUCCCUUCGAUCGUCCGGUAUUCGGACAGCAUACUUGCACCAGGUAUAACGGCAUGACUGAAUUAAAACGUGCUUUUACCGUCGGUCGGUAAUGUAGGUAUCUACCACGAGUUUAACUACGAUAGCCAUGGUGAUCAUAUGAAACAUGUGUUUCGUCAAACUAUUUGCAGAGUUACCGACAGGGCGUUAUUUCUAGAACGUCACGACGCGUACCCACCUAUGAUCAGGGUGCUGAACUACUGAUCUGCCGUAAGACAGAUGGAAAAUCAGGAGGUAAAAAUACAUCGACCAAAGACGCACGCUUUGAAAAUGACAUUUUCUAUUAUUGCGAAUUUCGAUAUCGAAACGAAAUGACAAGACACCAAGUACGCAGGAGCCUCACUUGCUGUGACUCCUGCAUAAUGAUAACAAGCGCCUAACAUAAAUUGCGUCUAUAAAUUCUACUUUGACAAAAGGUACUCUAUACUGUAUAGUUAAGCGCAGAGAUCAGCGGAGGGAAUAUUAAAACAAAAUACUCGUUUAUAAAAAAAUGAGAGAGAAAAAAAUAAGUAUUCGUCCUAAUUUUUUUUUGCGAUCUCAAAAGAUUCGGCAUUAAAUAAACUCAUUAAUUUAUUGUCGGUGAAAAGGAAAAAAAAAAUGUUUAAAUAGAAGAAACAAGUGACUAGCAGACGACUGAAUAACGAGACUAUGGUGCAAUGAAAAAUUAGAUAGAGUGAGAAUGAUUGAUUUCGUAUGAAUUGAAAAUAAAAAAAAACUUGACGCAAUCAUGGCUCACGUUCGUUUUUGGCAUUCUGUCAUUAAUUGCGUCACUAAUAUCAGUCUUGUCAUUGGCUAACACUAUAGUUUAAAAAUUUUUAAUAUAAAGACGUAAACGAUCGUCGUUAUUCUCACUGAUCUUCUCCUCUUCUUCUUCAUCGUCAUUAGCAUAAUCAUUGGCCGCAUCGCGUCAUAAUCAUAAUUACAUUCUAGGGAGAUUUUUUGCUUCCGCCUUAUCGCGAAUAUCUCAUAACCGGAAAUCAACAUUUUUUUUAUUACGUAUCUCGGCCUGUAUCUACACAUAUAUCGAUGCAUGUGUGUAAAUUACGUACGUACUAACUUGACAUGGUCGACGAAAUACCGGAGCACGUGUGUAUAUUAUUUGUAUGGAAAAAAAAGACAAAAAUUAUUAUGAGACUGCGAAAAAUUUUCCCAUCACCUUUAUCGCUUCGUAACGUAUAAGCAGCUGUAAUCUAUUGAUAAAAAGACAUUUGCCAUGUAAAUAAUAUUUACUAUUAUACGGCUUCCUUGCUAGAGGAAUGACGAAUUUUAUGAUAAGAAUCAAAUUUGAAAAAUAACUGAA